GGUGAUGCUGCAGCCAAGAUGGCGCUGGCGGCGGCGGCGGUGGCUUGAGCGCGAUGCUCCGGAUCUUCAGCGGCAGCUGCAGCGGCAGCGGCUGUGGCCUUGGCCGGGGCCUCGAGUCUGUCCUGGGCGUCAGCGCUCAGGCGCCUCUCCUCCGGCCUUGUUAACCCUGAUAAAGAGGAGACGGCCACGAAGAGAGAAGGCAGUGAGCAACAGCGAGAGAGCGCGGCGACUCCCGCCCCGGCACCAUGGCUGGGCUCAUCAAGAAACAGAUCCUGAAGCACCUUUCCAGAUUUACCAAAAAUUUAUCUCCUGACAAGAUAAAUCUGAGUACCCUAAAAGGAGAAGGUGAACUAAAAAAUUUGGAGUUGGAUGAAGAGGUGCUCCAGAGUAUGUUGGAUUUGCCAACAUGGCUUGCUAUCAACAAAGUUUUUUGUAACAAAGCAUCCAUUAGGAUCCCGUGGACAAAACUGAAAACGCACCCCAUCUGUUUGUCCCUGGAUAAAGUAAUAAUGGAAAUGAGUACAUGUGAAGAACCUCGAGCACCUAAUGGCCCGUCACCGAUUGCAACUGCUUCAGGACAAAGUGAAUAUGGCUUUGCUGAAAAAGUAGUUGAGGGUAUUACUGUUUCUGUAAAUUCCAUUGUUAUCCGAAUUGGAGCAAAAGCCUUUAAUGCAUCUUUUGAGCUUUCCCAGCUACGGAUAUAUAGUGUAAAUGCAAACUGGGAACAUGGAGAUUUAAAAUUUACUCGUAUUCAAGAUCCACAGAGAGGAGAGGUUUUGACAUUUAAAGAAAUAAAUUGGCAGAUGAUUCGAAUAGAGGCCGACGCUACCCAAAGUUCACACCUUGAAAUUCUGUGUGCUCCUGUUCGAUUAAUAACCAAUCAAUCAAAAAUCAGAGUCACAUUGAAAAGAAGAUUGAAGGACUGCAAUGUCGUAGCCACAAAGUUAGUCCUGUUGUUGGAUGACUUACUAUGGGUUUUAACGGAUUCCCAGUUGAAGGCCAUGGUACAAUAUGCAAAAUCUCUUAGUGAAGCAAUAGAAAAAUCCACAGAACAAAGGAAGAGUAUGGCUUCUGAACCUACACAGAGUUCUACUGUAGUGCCAUCCACCCAGCAAGUGAAGACACCACAGACUUCAAAUGCUCCUGAUCUAAAUGAUGCAAUUGUGAAACUAUUCAGUGACUUUGAUGUUAAAGAAACCUCCCAUCAUUUAGUGAUUUCUCAUCUAGAUCUACACAUAUGUGAUGACAUUCAUGCUAAAGAAAAAGAGUCAAACAGACGUAUUACUGGAGGGGCUAUGCAGCUCUCUUUUACUCAGCUAACUAUAGAUUAUUAUCCUUAUCACAAAGCAGGAGAUAGUUGUAAUCAUUGGAUGUAUUUCAGUGAUGCAACCAAAACAAAAAAUGAAUGGGCCAAUGAGUUGUUACAUGAAUUUGAAUGCAAUGUUGAAAUGCUUAAACAGGCUGUGAAGGAUCAUAAUGUAGGUUCACCUCCUAAAUCCCCAACACAUGCGUCUCCCCAUCACACACAAACAGAGAAAGAAUCAGCUCUAAAAGGAACUUCCAAAACACCUUCAGUAUUAUCUGAACAAUCCAAAGCUAAGCUGAUGUCUAGUUCUGUUGUGGUUAGACUUGCGGAUUUCGAUAUAUACCAGGUUUCUACAGCGGACCAAUGUCGUGCUUCCCCUAAAAGUAUGAUUUCCUGCAAUAAAAAGUCCCUUUAUCUUCCUCAAGAAAUGCCUGCGGUGUAUAUAGAAUUCACAGAAUAUUACUAUCCAGAUGGAAAGGACUUUCCAAUUCCAUCUCCCAAUCUCUAUAGCCAGCUAAAUGCACUGCAGUUUACUGUGGAUGAGAGAAGCAUUCUAUGGUUAAAUCAAUUUCUGUUGGAUUUAAAACAGAGCCUUAGUCAGUUUAUGGCUGUCUACAAGUUGAAUGACAAUUCAAAGUCUGAUGAACAUGUUGAUAUUCGAGUUGAUGGUUUAAUGCUAAAGUUUGUCAUUCCUUCUGAAAUGAAAUCUGAAAGUCAUCAAGAUCAACCACGUGCAGUUUCUAUUCAGAGUUCUGAAAUGAUUGCCACAAAUACAAGACACUGCCCAAACUGUCGACAUUCUGAUCUAGAAGCUCUAUUUCAAGAUUUCAAAGAGUGUGAUUUUUUUAGUAAAACAUAUACCAGCUUCCCCAAAUCUUGUGACAAUUUUAAUCUUCUGCAUCCAAUCUUCCAGAGGCAUGCUCAUGAACAAGAUACCAAAAUGCAUGACAUUUAUAAAGGGAAUAUUCCUCCCAGGUUGAACAAAUACACUUUAAAAACUUCUGCUGCCACAGAUGUUUGGGCUAUAUACUUUUCUCAAUUCUGGAUAGACUAUGAAGGGAUGAAAAGUGGAAAAGGACGGCCAGUAAGUUUUGUGGACUCUUUCCCUCUUUCCAUCUGGAUUUGUCAACCAACAAGAUAUGCAGAGUCACAAAAAGAGCGACAGACUUACCAUCAAGUAUCUCUAAAUACAUCGCAAAGUGAAUCUAGUGAUCUGGCUUGCCGAUUAAAGCGGAAAAAGCUCUUGAAGGAAUAUUACAGUACAGAGUCUGAGCCUUUGACAAAUGGUGGUCAGAAACCUUCCUCAGAUUCAUUUUUAAAAUUUUCCUCUUCAUCAUCAGAUGCAGAUAUUCAUGUUCUGGUUCACAUUCAUAAACAUGUCAGUAUUCAGAUAAAUCACUACCAGUACCUACUCUUGCUUUUCCUCCACGAGUCGCUCCUUCUACUUUCAGAGAAUGUCAGGAAAGAUAUAGAAGCUGUGACUGGCACACCUGCCAGUCAGACCUCAAUUUGCAUUGGAAUUUUACUUAAAAGUGCUGAAAUAGCUCUUUUGCUACAGCCAGUGGAUCAAGCAAAUACUCUUAAAUCCCCUGUUUCUGAAAAUGUGAGCCCAGUUAUUCCUGAUUAUUUGCCAACAGAAAAUGGAGAGAUUUUGUCUUCAAAAAGAAAAGUUAAUAGUGGUAUAAAUCAGAUUAAAAGUGUAACUGUUAAUCAUAUGGCAGACAGCAGAUCUAUGAGUGUUGACCUUAGCUCUGUCCCUUUGAAGGAUCCUUUGCUUUUUAAAUCAGCUAGUGAUACAAAUCUGCAAAAAGGUAUUUCUUUUAUGGAUUAUUUAUCAGAUAAAAAUUUAGGGAAAAUAAGUGAAGAUGAAAGUGGUGGCCUUGUUUAUAAAAGCAGCUCAGGAGAAAUUGAAUCAGAAAUAAGUGACAAAAAGGAUUCCUCUUCUGUAGGUUCACAUAGUGUGUUACAUUACAGAGAGGAUUCAAGUAUGCUGUCAUUUGAUAGCGGUGGAAACCAAAAUGUAUUUUCAAAUACUGGUAAAGAAAAUGAAACUAUAGAAUUAUUUCACAAAGCUGAAGAUUUAGUUCCCGAAACAGCUUCACUCUCUGAAAACCUGGAAUUCAGUAAAGAAGAAGUCUCCACAGUUAGAACACUUAAAUCACAGCCAUCUUUAAGUGGAAAGAAUAAGGACCGUUGCCCACCCAAUGUGGCUCCACUCUGUGCUUCUUAUAAGAACAUGAAAAGAAGCCCCUCACAAACCUCAUUGGAUACCAUUUCGUUUGACAGCAUGGUAUUGGAGGAACAGUUAUUAGAGAGUGAUGGAAGUGACAGCCAUGUAUUUUUGGAAAAAGGUAUUAAAAAGAACUCAGUUACAAAUUACCAGAGCCCAGCAGAGAGUAUGACCACCAGUGCAAACGUACAGAAUUACGGCGAAACCUCUCCAGAUGCCAUCAGUACAAAUUCAGAGGGUGCUCAAGAAAACCAUGAUGACUUGAUGUCAAUUGUGGUAUUUAAAAUUACCGGUGUUAAUGGGGAAAUUGACAUCCGAGGGGAAGAUACUGAAAUCUGUCUUCAGGUGGACCAGGUGACACCAGAUCAGCUAGGCAAUAUCAGUUUUCGGCAUUACCUUGGGAAUCGUUCAGUAGGCUCAGCUCAAAAAGCUGUAAUUCAUUCCAAAUCCUCUCCUACGAUUACCCUGAAAUUUGAGAGUGGACCUGGUGCUGUAAUACACUCUUUGCUUGCAGAAAAAAAUGGGUAUCUACAAUGCCAUAUAGCAAAUUUUAGCACUGAGUUUCUAACAUCUACUCUUAUGAAUAUUCAACAUUUUUUGGAAGAUGAUACUGUUGCAGCAGUGAUGCCAAUGAAGAUACAAAUUUCUAACACAAAAAUAAAUUUAAAAGAUGACAGUUCACAUAGAAGUAUGAUAUCCCUUGACCCAGUUCCUGUAACCAUCCAUAUUGAUCAUCUUGUGAUAGAAAGAAAUGAUGAUGGCUCUUUUCAUAUCCGAGAUUCUCAGAUGUUUCACACUAGAAGUGAUUUGAAAGAAAAUGCCCAAAGUGAUUCAGUGCCGCUGACACAUGGAAAGUAUGAUCUGGAGAAACGCCACAGUGUCACUCAGGCCACUCAGACAAGUCCAGAGGUUCCUUGGCCUUCUCAGGAACAGGUAUUUCCAAAUUUCUUAUUUCAGCUCAUGGAAGAGAAUGAAUUUCUUAAACAGGAACUGGCUAAAGCUAAAAUGGCUCUUGCAGAGGCUCACUUGGAAAAAGAUGCCCUUCUUCAUGAUAUGAAGAGGAUGACAGCUGAAUAG